UGUUGCAAUAUGUCUUUGGAAAGUAAAUACAACUUAAAAAGUCCAGGGGUAAAACGGUUGAUGCGAGAAGCAGUUGAACUAGCAAAUCCGACAGAAGAAUAUUUUGCCACACCACUUGAGGAUAAUUUGUUUGAAUGGCAUUUUACAGUGAGGGGACCUUCAGCCACAGAAUUUGAAGGGGGGUACUAUCAUGGCAGAAUACUUUUACCCUCACAAUAUCCUAUGCAACCCCCCAACAUUAUCCUUCUCACUCCAAACGGUCGGUUCGAGGUGAACAAAAAAAUAUGCCUGUCGAUAUCCGGUCACCACCCAGAAACGUGGCAACCCUCUUGGUCGAUAAGAACGGCCCUCUUGGCUCUGAUCGCGUUCAUGCCGACGCCCUCUGCCGGUACGAUUGGCUCGCUGGAUUACACGCCGGACGAGCGGAGAAUUUUGGCGUUAAAAUCGAAAAAUUGGGAGUGCACCACGUGCGGAAAGAUCGCGGAGAAGCUGGAAAACGCGGGGAAAAUCGACGCGCAGCCCGAGUUGACGCAGGAAGAGAGCACCUUAAUAAAACAGAUUGCGUUGAAGGCUGAAGAGGAUGCGAAUAGAAAAAUGGUUAGUUCGGAACCAAAAAUAGAAAAUGUCACAUCAGACGAGGAAAAUACAUUAAGACAAAGGAUUAAUCCGACGGUAAAUACGGAACCUGUAAUUAAUGUGGAAACUACAGUUCAAAGAAGCAACAGUGAUAAAUUAUGGACAGCAGCAAUAUGGAUACUAAUAACAAUAAUAGUGCUUCUGAUAAUAAGGCGGAUAUUUUUAAGUUGAAAACUACCAAAAUAUAAUGUAAAUACUUCUUAGUAAAUUUUAUAAAAUAAUUAAGAUUAUGUAUAAUUAUUAAUUAAAAAAGGCAAAGAUAGGAUAUUAUUUGGAAAAGUUUAUAUAUUUACCUGAUUAAUAUAACCAUUAUGUAAAAAAAUGUUGCAAACAUUUAAAUAGU